AUGGCUCUGAAACCUACCUACAGAAGUUCGCCAAAAGUUACGUCUUAUCAGGGUUUGUUUCACUUCUUUAUUACAGAUAUUGACGAGUGUCAAUUAGGGUCUUAUUCCUGUCAUGUCCAAGCACAGUGUCUAAAUGUGGCUGGUUCCUAUAGCUGCAGAUGUUUACCAAGCUACGCCGGUGACGGGCACAGUAAUUGCAACGGAGUGAUUCGCUUGGUAGGCGGUGGAAUUAGCUCCGGACGGGUUGAAGUUUAUCAUAACGGACAAUGGGGCACAGUGUGUGAUGAUAGCUGGGAUAUGAAUGACGCAAAUGUGGUGUGUCGCCAGCUUGGCUUCUCCAGCGCGUCCUCCGCUCCUGGUAAUGCAGCAUAUGGUCAGGGAUCAGAACCAACCUGGAUGGAUAAUGUAGCCUGUCAAGGAGGGGAGGCUUCACUAUUUGCAUGUACUCAUAAUGGUUGGGGAGUGGAAAACUGCAAUCAUGGUGAGGAUGCAAGCGUUGUUUGUAACGCUUAGAUUGCUAAAAACUCUGCAUAGAAAAGGUUUAAUUAUGCAGUAUCUGGUCCCCUUUGGUUGAUUAUCUAAUUUAGCAAUAUAUAUAUUACUACAUUAACUAGAGGUUAGUCUAAAGUUCAGUUCGAUUUAGUUUAUACCAUUCGUACAAAUAACUCUCAUCUAAAAGAGAUAUAUACAGCGAUUGUUUUCCUUUUUUUUAUCAAUACAGUAGGAUAAUUAGCUGAGUAGCACAAGAGAAAAUGUGGGAACAGCCCCAUAAAUGUUCUCUUUAGGACCUGACGUUCUUAAUCAUUGACUUCAUAGUUGAGGAUCUCAGUAAACCGAGACGUUUAUAAGUAGAAGUUCAAGCUCAAAACUGCAUGUGCAUAGUCCGUUUAAACGCUAUGGAUUACAUGUAUGUCAAGUGAUUUCGCAGAUACCCUCGGCGGGUGCUCCUCAAAAUCCCCUGGCCAGUCGCCGAUGACCAAAAGUUGCUUUGUCACUUAAGAUUUGUAGGGAUUUAUAAUAUUUAGGGCGUAAGGUGCUUUUGGAUAUCAUGAAGGGUGAACCCUUAUAGAAUCAUAGGACCCUCUUCGCCAAAUAACUACUUUGCGUAGUCACGAUAAUUGGUAAAUAUAUCGUAAGAGAUAUAUUUAGAAGGUAAUUUAAAGGCCAAAAACUCUUUUUAUUCUCGUCAUAAUCUACACAUCACCCAAACAAACUUUAAAAAAUUUGAUUUGAACAAAACGCGAUUAUUAUUAUUAUCAUUAUUUUUUUUUUUUUUGUCUGUGGGUAAGAUUAUGUUUUCGCGGUAAACCUAUGCUACUGAUGAAAUAGACGACGAGGCCAAGUUAUGUAGUUUAAAGAAUCUGAGUUUUGUUAAUUUUCAUUACGCGAUACAUUUAUUAAAGGAAGGAAAAUACUAAUUGCUCGCAUCUUUCCGUCUUGGCUUAGAAAGCUCUCGACUCAACUUAUUUUAACAUGAGUCACAGGAUUCGUGGGAGACUAACAUACCAAAAUGGAGGCAUAUUUAAUGAAAGUUUUCGAUAAUUAUUUUUUCAAAUUGCGUUUUGUUCAAAUCGACAUUUUCUUUGGUAUGUUUGG